CCGAUCGGAUUGAUCUUCUUUCCAUUAAAGGUCAAGUAAAGCGAUAAAACAGUUGCGAAGUGUAUAGGCACUGAUCAGAUAAUCAUUCGGUGCAUGCGGAGUUCGCGGCAUACACGAGAACUCCGCGAGCUUUCUAAGUUUUGGGGGACUCCAAAAGAAAAGAUUAUAAGGCCGACAUGGUUAUCAAACCUUGGGAUAAAUAAUUUAACGGGUCGUGUUUGUUUGACUUGCCAUGACUACAAUAAUAUUUGGGGUGACUAGACUACAGUCAUUAAUAAUGCAAAUUGAUCCACGGCUCAAUGUCUAUAUAAAUAUCAAAGAAUCCUUCAUGGAUUUUUUUCCCUUCUAAGGUAAUAUUUUAGUCCACCGCUAUUUAUUCCUGCACAUUGCUUUGUUUCCUUGAUCCAGAUUUGGGUACACAGAUGCAGAGUUUCGUGCCGGGUUCCGACUUUUAGGGGCGGUUUUUACGCUUUCUCUGCAAAUGGUGAGGUACAGCUUCAGGGACAGGGACAGGGACGAGCUGUCUCAGCGGCUGAUAGAGGCGGCUCUCGGUGGGGACGUCGAGCUUGUCAGCGAGUGCUUGGGAUUGGAGGCGGUGGACGUGAACAACAUUGGGACGGUGAGCUUGAGAGUGAAGUGCAUUGAGAGUGUGCAGAGGGAGGAAGAGGCUGAUGAGCUGGAGAUUGUGUACAGGGACUUCGUGACGGAUGUCACGCCGCUAUUCGGAGCUGCCCACACGGGCCGCAUCGGCAUUGUCCGGAAGCUCCUGUCCGCGGGAGCAGAUGUUAACCAGGAGCUGUUCAGAGGCUUUGCGACCACCGCAGCAGCCCGAGAAGGCCAUUGUGCCCUUCUCGAUAUGCUUCUCAAGGCAGGAGCCUCUAGACCUGCUUGCGAGGAUGCGUUACUGGAAGCUGCUCUUUAUGGCCAGGCAAGGGCCGCUGGGCUUCUGAUCCGCUCAGAGAUGGUGGGGCAUGACGUGGCCCAGCGCGCUCUCAUUUCGGCGUGCUGCAGAGGGUUCGUAGAUGUGGUCUCUGCUCUCGUCGAGAAUGGAGUGGACAAGAACUGUGUGGAUAGAGUCCUUUUGCGGUCGGUUAAGCCUGCCUUGCAUGCUAAUGUCGAUUGCACGCCUUUAGUGGCUGCAAUUGUGAGCCGACAGGUUCCCGUGGUUAAGUACCUGCUAGAGGUAGGCGCAAGAACCGGCCAUAACUUUAGGCUUGGAGCAUGGUCUUGGGACAUCUACUCUGGCGAAGAACUACGAGUCGGGGCAUGCUUGGGCGAGCCGUACAAUGAGGCAUGGUGUGCAGUUGAGUACUAUGAAGUUAGCGGCCAAAUCCUGCGCCUCUUACUUGAUCACAAAAGCUCGUUCCUCUCGACCCACCUCCAAGGGCGAACUCUUCUCUGCCAUGCGAUCCUUUGCCAGAACUGUGAUGCUGUACGAGUGCUCAUGGAAGCUGGCGUUGAUGUGGAAUUCCCAAUAAAGACUAAGAAAGGUCACGAGUCCCGCCCAAUCCACUUGGCGGCCCAGGUGGGUUGCCUAGAUGUACUAAAACAGCUGAUCCUCCAUGGAUGUGAUGUGAACUCGAGGAUGGAGUCAGGCGAGACAGCUUUAAUGGUUGCAACAAAAUUUGAUCAGCCUGAAUGUUUUCUACAAUUGGUGGUUUCUGGCGCCGACCUCGGUCUGGUAAAUAACAACGGGGAUAGCGCAGUUCAACUGGCGAAGAGAAGCUGUUUCAGUUCAUCUCUGCCGAAAUUGAUAAGUACAGCAAUCCUCAGUGGAGAAAAUGUCUUCUCCAGCAGGCUCGAGGUGUUCUCUUCUCUCCAUUUUGCUGCAGCCGUUGGAGACAUAGAAAUUCUGCAGAAAUUAGUCCAAAAUUCGCUGGAAGGUAUAAAUAAGCAGGAUGGGUCAGGUCUGACACCGAUUCUCAUCUCAGCAAAGGCGGGCCAAACGGAAGCGUUCCGUUUUCUUAUCAAAUACGGUGCUGAUAUCAGCAUUAAGAGCCGGGAUGGACAUAAUGUAAUGUCCCUUAUUAAAGAUCACGCCUGUGCGAGUGUGAAGAACCGGUUUGAAGAGAUAUUACUGGAGUCUGUUCUUUCACAGACGCUGAAUGGACACAUGGAGUUCCAAGCUUUACACUUUGCAGCACGGGCUGGAAAUUUAAACGCCAUACUUCAGCUCCUGAAAUUGGGAUAUGGGAUAAAUUCUUUAGAUGAGAAUGGUUCUUCACCUCUGAUGAUUGCAGCAAGGGAAGGCAACGCCGAUGCAUGCAGGCUGUUGCUGCAGAACGGUGCCGAGAGCGUGGAGACAGCCCUCUCUGUGGCCAAAAAGAUCAGCAAAAGUAAGGCCGCAGAGGAUGUGAUUUUCGACCAUAUGGCCCGAGCCCACGUGCUGCUAGGGGAGGAGCUUUGCAAGCACACAAGGGAAGGGAGGGGUAAGCCACACUUGAAGGCUGUUCGGAUGCUUAAGUCAGGCCUGUUGAGUUGGGGAAAGUCAAGCCGGAGAAAUGUGAUCUGCAAGGAGUCAGUGGCCGGAACCAGUACCAACUUUUCAAAGAAUCGGAGGAAUAAGAAUGUUUUAGACACAAAUAAAGGGACUCUUUUUAGGGUGGUGACAGAAACUGGGAGAGAGGUUCACUUCGAGGCGGCCUCACGGGGAAAUACGGCAUUGUGGGUCCGUGGAAUCAAUCUCGUCUCAAAGGAGGCAAAACUUGGUGACUGGUUAUUGAGUUCUUUAGCGGAAAACAAGAUAUAGGACAGAGACAUCUGAACAUGAUACGCAGGACACGAGUCAUACAACGAUACAUAUGGCAGUCUCGGAAAUUCAUUCCUGCAAAAGUUCCCGUUUAUGUCAGGGUGUAUAAUUUUGUGAAAUGGCCGCUCAAAAUAGUACGUUGAUGUGUAAAUUUUUAUAUGUGAGAGUAGCAGCACGUAAAUUGAUUUUCAAGUUCCAUAGAACGCAAAUUUUGAAGGACUAA